ACCCUCUCAUAUCCCCCUUUUACCAAAAAACCUUAUCCUCCCAAAAUCCAUUUCUUUUCUCUCAAAAAAAGAAAGAAAUGGCUUCAUCAUCUCUUCAAUUCCUAACCUUAUCUUCAGUCUCUAAAACCCUAUCUUCAGUCACUAAAACCCCAUCACCCCAAUCAUCUUCACUUUCCAUUUUCUCAUCUUCCAUUAAGCCAAUUCCAAAGCUUUUUGCCUCAAGUAUCAAGAUUUAUGAAGCAACCCCAAGAAUCAUUACUAGAAACGUUGCUUCUUCUUCUUCUGGUUUGGAAACUGAUGAACAGCUGUCUAGCGACGGUGAUGAUGAACAGCCUCCGCAAAACUUCUCUCCUGACCUUAAACUUUUCGUCGGUAACUUGCCUUUUAGUGUUGAUAGUGCCGCCCUUGCUGGUUUGUUUGAAGGUGCCGGAAAUGUUGAGAUGGUUGAGGUUAUAUAUGACAAGGUUAGUGGAAGAAGCAGAGGUUUUGGAUUUGUUACCAUGUCAUCAGUUGAAGAAGUUGAGGAAGCUGUUCGCAAGUUUAAUGGCUAUGAACUUGAAGGGAGAGAAAUCAGGGUAAACUCUGGGCCUCCACCAAGGAGAGAGGAAUCUGGUUUUGGAGGGCAAAGAGAAGGUGGCCGUUUUGGCGGCGGCAGUGGUGGCAGAAGUUUUGACAACACUAACAGAGUGUAUGUCGGAAACCUUGCUUGGAGUGUUGACAAUCUUGCUCUUGAAACUUUAUUCAGAGAGCAAGGAAAUGUUGUGGAUGCUAAGGUGGUGUACGAUAGGGAGAGUGGUAGGUCAAGGGGUUUUGGGUUUGUGACUUACAGCUCUGCUGAUGAGGUCAACAGUGCAAUCGACUCAUUAAAUGGCGUUGAUCUUGAUGGUAGAAAUAUUCGAGUUAGUGUUGCUGAAGCUCCACAAAGGCGUCCGUUUUAGACUAUCUAUGUCAUGAGUAUUAGCAGGAAAGUGAUGCUUAUACCUGCAACUACGGCAUUUUGUAUGUGACAUCAGAAUUAGCAGGUUUCAUAAGUGUCCUUAAGUUUUGUAAUGUAUGCUUUUAAACUAUGUACUGAACUGAUUUGUAAUCAAUCAAUAUGGUGUAUGCAAAUUGAAUCUGUUUGGAUC